AGUAGCCAAUCACAAGCGAGCAGCGCUGCGGGAGCAGGUGGCGCCGGCACAAUUGGCGGUGGCGGCAGCACUCAGACACAGCAACAAUCGCAAUCAUCGAGCCUUGGUCCAACCCAGUCGUCCAGUGUCUUCAUGACUCUGGAGGUGCUGCGGGUUAUCUACACGACGCUUGAAAGUCCCACCCUGUUGCCCAACGUCAAGUACUUCAGCAAGUCAGUGAGCACUCUGCUUUCAUCCUAUCCCCUGAAUGUUCGUCUGACCCGAGCCUGUGCCAACCUUAUUCGAGCUCUUCUCAUGAAGUACCCGGCAGAUGCGUCCAACCGACAGAAAAUUACCAGCAUUUCUGAACUCGUCGAACUGUACACUGUUGUUCUGAAGACAGUCCACGAAGCUCUUACCUUUUUUGGUGACAACAUCAACAAGACAGCCAUAUUGCCGCGACUGCAGUCCGCAUUUUUGCUUCUAACAGCAACUCAACAAUGUACGACCAACCCUUACGCUUUUGUCGAUCGCUGUAUAUCACAAAUCGUGAAGUUGCUGCAUCGUCUGGUUCACGAAGUUGUCACGCCGACAUCAAGCCAGUCACCACAGGAUAAUACUGCCUUCAGUCAACUGACAGAUAUGCUAAUCAGCGGCCUGGAUAUUGUCAAAUCCCGCCUCAAUGUUGUAAGUAAUGAGGCGCGCAAAAACGUCUUCUGUCCGGAUCUCCUCUUCAUUAUUGAGCGCUCCAAGGAGGCUAAACUCCUUCGUGCUGUCAUCCGCAUCCUUCGCGAUUGGAUCGAUGUGCCCAAGGCAGAGGAACACUUUGCACCUACUAACCGCGAGAAAGUGGCCUUCUUCUCUCGUCUUUGGAUGGCUGUUCCACGUUGGUCCGACCAGCCCGAGGUCGUCCGAGACAUCCUGGAUUGCAUAUAUCAGGUAAUUAGCUACUCUCUCCGUCCUUUUUUAAAUAUUCAUCAACAAAUGUUUAUUGGAAGAUGA